AAUCGUGACGUCAUUUUCAUUGGCCAGGGUACUGAUGAGUAUAUAAAUCUUAGUACUGAUGUGUAUUUCGGAGUAUAUAUCUGGAGUAUGCUUUUCAACAGAAUAAGGGCUCCGGGUCAGGGGUUUACUGUGAUAACGGGAAAUAAACAAUAAACUAUUUACUUUUUUAUACAUUUUGUUAUGAAUACUGUUUUUAGAAAGUGUCUAAAUUAUUAGAAUGGAUCAAGUAGUAGAAGAACUUGAAAAUAAGAUGAAAAAGACUGAUGAACGUAUGGACACUUUAGUAGUUCAAGUAAGUAAUAUCGAGAACGAAUUUUUCGUCGAAAAUGUAGAACAACUCGAAGUAAAUGAUUUAUUAAAAUCGGUAGGAGAAGUGAAAUCAAACUAUCAAAAUCUUCGUAAAGAAAUAUUGGAAGUUCAAGACCUCCAAAGGCAAUUAAGUAGCUCUUUACACAUACAACUUAAAGUUAUGCAAGCACAAUUCAACACUUUGAAGGAAAAAAUCUCACAAACUCCUGCUAAAUCAGGUCAUUCUUCUAAGAGCGAAACUGGUAAAGGUCAAUAAGGAAGAAAGGUAUUUUCACAGCAGUUUAGCAAAAUAAACCAAUUGGGUACAAAACUGUAGAGGACCAGAAUUCAAACAGCUUUUUGCUUAUUUUUGUUCAAGUAGUUUCAAACUGAAAAAAAACCCAUAUAUGAUGGGUCUCGAAACGGAUGUAGUUUAUGCUUUUGACGUUCUUUUCCAUUGUUAAAAAUACUUUUUACAUAUGUAAAUAUUUCGUUCCUUAGUGAAAAUAUUCAUUUAAAUUCCACUUUUCUAUUUAAUAAUGUCGUAAUUUAAUUGUUGGCUUUGGAAAAUACAUUAAAUAAGAUAAAUUUCAGUUUUUAUAAAUAUAUUUUCUUCGGCGCAUUUACAUUUUAAAUGUAUUGAAUUUAUCUUGAUACUUGAUAAAAAAUGGAUUUUUUUGCACAAUUCAAAUUUAAUGAAUAAAAAACUAAUUUAAUAAUAUAUGUGUUGCUAAACCUCAAUUUGAAAUAUACUGGGUGGACCAAAAUAUUGAUCUUUCUGCUAUAGGUCUUUUUAAUGACUUAAAUAACUAAAAUAUAGUGAUAAUUAGAGCCUACCACAAAUUGGUCUUAAAAAACGAAAAAUUAAUAUUUUCAAUAUUUUUUCCCAUUCUGUUAAUUUUUCCGGCACAUUUGAAAUAAUGGAAUCCAAGUUCCUAACCUAACCUAAGAUUUCAAAACUUUUUGUCGUUUAAAAAAAAAUCCCGAAACCAUUAAUUCCCCGAUUUGUCUUCAAAAACUGUACUUAAAAAUUGUUUUCAAAUAAUAUCUUUUUUUUUUCAGAAAGUAAUACAUACAAAAAUGAGCAAUUUGAAAAAAAAUUUUUACAAAUUAAAAAAAUUAUUUGAUAAAAAAUCGAAGAAUUAAUAUUUUUUUACUGCCUCGAGAAAAAAAUGAAAUAAAAACCAAAAUCUGAUUGUUUUGUAUCAUCAAUCAAAUUGUAGGGAUUUAUAUUUCUAGUUUCGAUUCUUUCUUUCUUAGUUAUUCGAUAGAAUUUGAUAAUAACAAGUCUACUGGAACCCAAGCGGUUUCGCUCAUCAUUUGCGAUGAUAAGAUCAAAAUUUAAGUGCACAUUUGCAUGCGAUAAUGUUAACAUUCUUCAUUUGAGCCCUUUCCAUUAAAAGUCUAUUACAUGUAGAGAUUUGUUCGGAAACACCAGCCAUCUCACAAGUUUUUGAGUAAUCAUAUUUUUACCAAAACAGAAAAAAUCGAAUGUCGAAUUAGUACAACAUAUCGAUCCUAGAAAUCGAUUAUUCGAUUUCAGAUAAUAAAACGUUAUUAUUUAUAAAUUAAAGAUUGUUCAUAGUGAGUGAAAAUUUUUUUCAGCUCAAUUACGUGUUAUAAUUACAAGUUUUCAUAUUGUCUGCAAACAUUAUUAUCAGUUCAAUAAACUAAUUUCCACUCACUGUCA